AUGGAUUCUGAGGUCGCUGCUUUAGUUAUUGACAACGGUUCUGGUAUGUGUAAAGCCGGUUUCGCCGGUGACGACGCUCCAAGAGCCGUCUUCCCAUCCAUCGUCGGUAGACCAAGACACCAAGGUAUCAUGGUCGGUAUGGGUCAAAAAGACUCUUACGUUGGUGACGAAGCUCAAUCCAAGAGAGGUAUCUUGACUCUACGUUACCCAAUUGAACACGGUAUCGUUACCAACUGGGAUGAUAUGGAAAAGAUCUGGCAUCACACCUUCUACAACGAAUUGAGAGUUGCUCCAGAAGAACACCCAGUUUUGUUAACCGAAGCUCCAAUGAACCCAAAGAACAACAGAGAAAAGAUGACUCAAAUCUUGUUCGAAACUUUCAACGUUCCAGCCUUCUACGUCUCUAUCCAAGCUGUUUUGUCCUUGUACUCUUCUGGUAGAACCACUGGUAUUGUGUUGGAUUCUGGUGACGGUGUUACCCACGUUGUUCCAAUCUACGCCGGUUUCUCCUUGCCUCACGCUAUCUUGAGAAUCGACUUGGCUGGUAGAGAUAUCACCGACUACUUGAUGAAGAUCUUGGCUGAACGUGGUUACUCUUUCUCUACUACCGCUGAAAGAGAAAUCGUCCGUGACAUCAAGGAAAAGCUAUGUUACGUCGCUUUGGACUUCGAACAAGAAAUGCAAACUGCUUCUCAAUCAUCCGCUGUUGAAAAGUCUUACGAAUUACCAGAUGGCCAAGUUAUCACUAUCGGUAACGAAAGAUUCAGAGCUCCAGAAGCUUUGUUCCAUCCAUCUGUUCUAAGUUUGGAAGCUGCUGGUAUCGACCAAACUACUUACAACUCCAUCAUGAAGUGUGAUGUUGAUGUCAGAAAGGAAUUGUACGGUAACAUCGUCAUGUCCGGUGGUACCACCAUGUUCCCAGGUAUUGCUGAAAGAAUGCAAAAGGAAAUUACCGCCUUGGCUCCUUCUUCUAUGAAGGUCAAGAUCAUCGCUCCUCCAGAAAGAAAGUACUCUGUCUGGAUCGGUGGUUCUAUUUUGGCCUCUUUGACCACUUUCCAACAAAUGUGGAUCUCAAAGCAAGAAUACGACGAAUCUGGUCCAUCCAUCGUUCACUUGAAGUGUUUCUAA